UGAUCUUUAGCUUUUGGUAGUACUUAACAGAUUCCUUUGCGUCAAUUAGCAAUCUUUGUGAUAUUUGACCACUUUGUUACCCAACAUCAAAUCAACCCCCCAAAAAGAGAGCAAAAGAAAGACAAACAGUGUUCACUGUACAGUGAUCGGUAUUAGAUUAGACCCCCCUUUGGGCCAAGUUUCGUUCUUUUUCAAGUUUUUCUUCUAAAAAGAGUUCAUGUUGCUCCCUUUUGUUAAGCAUUACAUGAAGCUCCAGUUUCUCACUUCUUUCUCCCUUCUGUUUUAGUUAAGGGUGUUUGCAUGAAGUUGGUGAUGGCUGAUCAAGGUGGUGACAAUAUUGUGACGAGGGAAUACAGGAAAGGGAACUGGACGGUCAACGAAACAAUGGUAUUGAUUGAGGCAAAGAAGAUGGAUGAUGAGAGAAGAAUGAAGAGAAGUGGAGACAUUGAAGGGAGGGGCAAACCAACAGAGCUGAGAUGGAAAUGGGUGGAAGAUUAUUGUUGGAGGAAAGGGUGUUUGAGGAGCCAAAACCAGUGCAAUGACAAGUGGGAUAAUCUCAUGAGGGACUACAAGAAAGUGAGAGAGUACCAAAGGAGAAUAGCUGAGAGAGGGGAAGGGACUCACAGCAAUGAAGGUUCUUCUUAUUGGGAGAUGGAGAAGAAUGAAAGAAAAGUAAAGAAUUUGCCUAGUAACAUGUUGCGCCUGAUAUAUGAGCGUUUGGAGGAGGUGGUGGAGAAGAAAGGAGAUCAAACUGCGGUAGCUGCUGGUGGCUCAGGUCUCAUUCCCAACAUACCUUAUGUUAUGGAUAGACCAAUUACCAGUGUAGAAACUUCAUUGCCUCCUCUAUUGCAACACCAGCUAUUAGCUCCUAUUCCAGCUGCAAUUCCAUUAACUCUACCAGCACCGCCACAGCUGCCGCCGCCACCAAUAGCUGCUGCUGCUGCUGCACCACUAGUACAACCAUCUCCCCUUUCAUAUGCUCAGCCGUUGCCCACAGUAGAUUCUGAUACAAGUGAGUAUUCAGACACGCCAGCAAAGAGAAGGAAGAGAGGAACUGGUAAUGGGGAAGGCAGCAGUGGGGGCACAGCAAGUGCAAACAACUCAAAUGAAGUGGGCACUGCAAUCUCUAAAAGUGCUUCCAUUAUAGCAGAAGCCAUCCAGGCCAGUGAGGAGAGAGAGGAGAGAAGACAUAAGGAUCUUGUUAGUUUGCAUGAGAGGAGACUAAAGAUGGAGGAAUCCAAGACAGAGAUGGACAAAAGAGGGCUUGAUGGCCUGGUUGAUGCCAUUAACAAGCUUGCUAAUUCCAUCCUUGCUUUAGCUACCCACAAGAAACAGUCAGCUCCCAAGUGAAGUGGGUAUAUAUCCUCUUCUUGAUUUAAAAGAAAAAAAAAGAGAGAGAAGGGAAAAUACUACCAUUAAUAUCCAAGAGGACUGAGGGAGAGGUUAAUUAAUUAAUCACAUUAAUCGGUGGUUGUUUAUACUAAUCGUGACCUAUAUUUUAUGUUGCACUCACUCUGAUUGAUCAUUCUAAUUAUGCCUUAAAAAUUAUCUUUAUCUUAUGUCAUUUCAAGUGUUUAAACUUUCAUAUUUUAUGUUUAAACACAAACUAGGGUUGGUUGGUUGUAAACUAGUAAUACUACCAAAAGUGAAAUAUAAGCAACAUUGUCUCUGGGUUUAUAUCUUCAAGGAAAUUAUACUGUAUACAUACAAUGAUACACAGUUGUAGAGAGAAAAAAUGAUUAUAUUCUUCAUCCAAUAUAUCCGUAAGUAUUUCGUAAGUGCUUGACAUCUAGAUUGUCAGACAACCUUUAUUUUUUCCUUUGAAAAAAAAAUGCAAAGGGGAGAUUCAUGACAGAUAUGGGUAGAAAAGCACUACUCUCCCUUGCUUAAUGAACUCUCUCGAGCAAAGCAAAUGCUUUCAGAGUUCACAUAAUUUGUGAAAGAGGGGUAGGAGUGUGAGUCACACAUGCCACGGAGGGGGAGUGUGGGAGGAGCUGCUCAUGCGUAUCAUUAAUGAGGUAGAAAAUGUGAGAGAAAUGUGUAGCAAUGAGCAUUACUUCUCUGGUACUACUCAAAGGCGACCGGUCAAUGGAUGUCUGAGAGACCCGAGAGGGAUGUCAGGUAUUGAUAGAUUUACAGAAAUGCCAUUAUGGUGGCCAUUAUUGGAGCUAGUCUCGUAUUCUCUUGAGAAGGCUGUGGCAAAAGUUGGGCCUUUCUUCCUUAUUCCUUCCUUUCUCUUUAUUUUCCACUGAGAGAGAGAAUUCAGAAAUGGAAGGAAGUGGGCACUGUUGGCUAAUUUGGUAGGCUUGCUUGUAAUCUUUCUUCUGACAAAAGCGUGUGUGCCUACUAAAGUUUGCCUUUUCUCCUUCAUACAGAUACAGUGUUAUGAUAGAGAGAGCCUGCCCGGAUACAUGUACACAUGUAUGUAUAUACAUUGCAAAUUAAUGGCUAUUAUUUCUCAGCUUUUCUUUCC